CGUGCGCUGGGCAGGCGGGUGCGCGCGCAACCUCUUCCUCGCCCCCACCCCGACCAAGGCGGAACUAUGGCAGCGCCCCCGUCCGUGCCCCCGCCGCGGCCAGCCACCCACCUCAUCUUUGACAUGGACGGCCUUCUUCUGGAUACUGAACGCCUGUAUUCAGUGGUGUUUCAAGAAAUAUGUGAUCGCUAUGAAAAGAAAUACACCUGGGAGGUAAAGUCCCUGGUUAUGGGUAAAAAGGCAUUAGAAGCGGCGCAGAUUAUAAUAGACGUCCUGCAGCUCCCGAUGUCCAAAGAGGAGCUGGUGGAAGAAAGCCAGAUGAAGUUAAAGGAAGUGUUCCCCACGGCUGCUCUCAUGCCAGGUGUUGAAAAACUCAUCCACCACCUGCAGAAACACAACAUACCCUUUGCUGUUGCCACCAGCUCAGGGUCUGUGUCAUUCGAAAUGAAGACAAGUAGACACAAAGAAUUCUUCAGUUUGUUUUAUCACAUCGUCUUGGGAGAUGACCCUGAAGUAAAGAAUGGCAAGCCAGACCCUGACAUAUUUCUCGCCUGUGCCAAGAGAUUCUCUCCUCCUCCUCCCAUGGACAAGUGCCUUGUCUUUGAAGAUGCUCCCAAUGGGGUAGAGGCGGCCUUGGCCGCUGGGAUGCAGGUGGUCAUGGUUCCAGAUGGAAACUUGAGCCCGGACCUGACGAGAAAGGCCACCCUUGUGCUGAAUUCCCUGCAGGACUUCCAGCCCGAGCUGUUUGGUUUGCCCCCUUAUGAGUGAGAGGGAGGGGAGUGGCAUAGAGCUCCAGCCCACUCCCUUGGUCCAUCUCUGGGAGAAACAGAAUGGAAAUUGACAACUCCCAUAUUGCAACCUACAUAGUGAUUUUAGCCUUCUGAAAUUUGCCUUUUCAUUCUAUGUUGCCUUGGCCCACUCUCUGAAGUGCUGAUAACAUGACUUGACAGUUAAAAAAAAACAGAGUAGAGACAACCCAGAACAAAGAUCAAACUUGAAUCACCAUCUGAAAAAUCAACUGAUGUGUAGUGUAUGAUAAAAUGAAUAGACAAACAUACAUACAAGCAAACAUACACCAGUAUGUUAAUAUACAUGUAGGCAUGUUAUGUGUGUGUGUGUGUAUAUACACAUGUAUGCAUGCAUUU